GGGGCCGGCGGCACCAUGAAUGGCUCGGGUGGCCUGGACACCGAGGACACGAGCGAGGCGGGAGGCGGGGGCAGCGGGCAGCCUGAGGCGGUCAUCGUGCCCACGCUCUUUGCGCUCAUCUUCCUCGUGGGCACCGUAGGCAACGCACUGGUCCUGGCCGUGCUGCUUCGCGGUGGCCAGGCGGUCAGCACGACCAACCUGUUCAUCCUCAAUCUGGGCGUGGCCGACCUCUGUUUCAUCCUGUGCUGCGUGCCCUUCCAGGCCACCAUCUACACCCUGGACGACUGGGUGUUUGGGUCGCUGCUUUGCAAGGCGGUGCACUUCCUCAUCUUCCUCACCAUGCACGCCAGCAGCUUCACGCUGGCCGCCGUCUCCCUGGACCGGUAUCUGGCCAUCCGCUAUCCACUGCACUCCCGCGAGCUGCGCACGCCUCGCAACGCGAUGGCGGCCAUCGGUCUCAUCUGGGGGCUCUCACUGCUCUUCUCCGGGCCGUACCUGAGUUACUACCGCCAGUCCCGGUUAGCCAACCUGACCGUGUGCCACCCGGCGUGGAGCGCGCCACGCCGCCGCGCCAUGGACCUCUGCACCUUUGUUUUCAGCUAUCUGCUGCCGGUCCUGGUUCUCGGCCUGACCUACGCGCGCACCCUGCGCUACCUCUGGCGCGCGGUCGACCCGGUGGCCGCCGGCUCGGGGGCCCGGCGCGCCAAGCGUAAAGUGACACGUAUGAUCAUCAUCGUGGCCGCACUCUUCUGCCUCUGCUGGAUGCCUCACCACGCGCUGAUCCUCUGCGUGUGGUUCGGCCGCUUCCCUCUUACGCGCGCCACUUACGCGCUGCGUAUCCUCUCGCACCUGGUCUCCUACGCCAACUCCUGCGUCAACCCCAUCGUCUAUGCUCUCGUCUCCAAGCACUUCCGCAAGGGUUUCCGAGAGAUCUGCGCGGGCCUGCUGCGCCGCGCCCCGCGCAGAGCCUCGGGCCGCGUGUGCGUCGCGCCCCGGGGCCCCCACGGCGGCAGCGUGCUGGAGCGCGAGUCCACUGACCUGACGCACGUGAGCGAGGCCGCUGGGCCCUCUGCCCCUGUGCCGGCGCCUCCCCGCGGCCAGUCAUCCAGCCCCGUCCCCGACCUGUCCUGGAGGGACCCAAAGGCCCCCAAAGGCAUCUUGACAGUUAAUUUGACCUGA